GCCCAAUCUUGGCCCAAUCUCCCCAUACCGAUAAACGAACAUCAUGUCCUCAGCCACUGCAUCACUCGAUCCUCAGAACAUUGUUCACCUCCCUGCCCGGUUUAUUUUCCCUGGUACUCGGGCUCCAUUGGACAAGUACAAGAAGGCAGAUACACCUAUUCUCAUUGACAACGGCUCCAGCACUUUCCGGUUUGGUUAUGCGACUCAGCCAUCGCCGAGGACUUCUGCAAACGCUGUGGCAAAGUACAAGGAGAGAAAGUUUGGGAAACAGCUGUUGUUAUUUGGAGAUGAUAUCGAGUCGGAGAGUGGAGCAAGGGGGCAGGCCAAGACGCCUUGGGAGGGUGACGUGUUGUUGAACUUCGAUGCACUGGAGAAUGCUCUGGACUAUGCUUUCACUCAACUUGCAGUCGACACCCCGACAGUCGAUCAUCCUGUUAUGAUGACGGAACGCCUAGCCUCGCCACUGCACUCACGAGCAUUAACCUCCGAAUUGAUGUUCGAAUUAUACUCCGUCCCAUCACUAACAUAUACGGUCGAUUCUGUUAUGUCGUUCUACCAUAACAACCUCCCAGCACUGUCAUCUCCAUUCACUUCAGACGGCCUUGUCGUUUCGUUCAAUACUGCGUCUACCUCUGUGAUUCCUAUGUUGAACGGAAAAGGGAUUAUGAGCCAAGCUAAACGAAUACCGUGGGGUGCCUCCCAGUCCGCCGACUACCUCCUCAAACUCAUCCAGCUCAAAUACCCCACAUUUCCCACACGCGUUCUACCGACUCACACCAAUUGGAUGCUGCAAAACUUCUGCGAAGUCUCGCCAGAUUACACCUCUCUCCUUCGCCGCCUAUCCGAUCCAGCUCAAAUGCGCCUUUCCGAACGAAUAGUCCAGUUUCCCUUCGUCCUGCCUGCGGCGGACGAGAAAUCGAGUGAAGAGAUUGCGAGGGCGGCGGAGAGGAGGAGGGAGCAGGGGAGGAAGUUGCAGGAGUUGGCGGCGAAGGCUAGGUUGGAAAAGCUUGUGCAGAAAGAGAACGAGCUGCAGUUCUUGACGAACUUGAAGGAGCAGAAGGAGAGUGAGACGAAGAGAGAAUGGCAGAUCUCACUACAGACUGCAGGCUACGACGACGACGCUGAUCUUGACCAGGCCAUCAAGAAGCUGGAAACCGAUUUGAAGAAAGCGCGUAAGAAGGAAGUCGCAGAGGGCGAUGAAGUGGCCGAAGAGCCCACAUAUCCACUCGUCGAUAUUCCCGACGCAGAUCUCGACGAAGAAGGUCUCAAAGAAAAGCGGAAACAAAAGAUGAUGAAGGCCGGUUUCGAAGCACGUCUCCGCGCCCGUCGCGAGAAGGAGAAAGAACGUGAAGAGCGCGAGGCGGAGGAACGGAAAGAGGAAGAGGAGAGGGAACAAGAUUUGGCGGGCUGGGCGGGGAAGCGGAGAAGGGAACAUGAGGCACUAAUGGCGAAAAUCAAGGAGAGGAACCGGAAGAAGGCGGCACUGACAGACAGGAAGAGCGCAGCGUCGCAAGCUAGGAUGAAGAAUAUCGCGAGUUUGGCGGCGGACGACCGUGUGGCGCCGAAGAAGAGGAGAAAGAAUGGCGGAGAGGAUAUGUUCGGAGCAGACGAUGCGGACUGGGCCAUAUAUCGCAAGAUCAAUAACGCAGCAGCCUCCUCGGACGAAGAAGAAGACCUCAAUCAGCUCCAAUCGGUGGAACAAAAGCUCCUCACCCACGACCCGACAUUCCACGACGGUCACACCUACGCCUCUAUCACCUCCCAGAAGUCCGCACUUAUCGCGGCCUUCAAGCCGCAGUACGAGGACGGCGACGUUGAAGGCAAUACACGUAUACACCUGAGCACGGAACGCUGGCGGGUCUGCGAGACGUGGUUCUCGCCUUCUAUGGCUGGCGUUGACUGUGCUGGUCUGGGUGAAGUCCUGCAGAACGUGCUCAACACGUUUACCAUCCCGGAGCGGGGAAGACUUGUCCAGAACGUCUUCCUCACCGGCGCUCCCUCAAUGCUCCCCGGCCUUAUACCCCGACUCGAAUCCACCCUCCGCCCCAUCUUACCUCCAGAAACCCCCAUCUCGAUCAUUCGCGCCGACGAUCCCUCGCACGACGCGUGGAAAGGAAUGGCUGACUUUGCGAACCGGGAUCCGGAGGGAUUGAAGAAGGUUGGUGUGAGCAAGGCGGAGUACGAGGAGUGGGGAGGGGAGAGGAUUAGGAGGUGGUGGGGUGGGAACUGGAAUGCGAGUGUUGUGGAUGGCUGAGGUUGGCUGAGACGGUGUGCGGUAUCUUUCUUGGAGUCUUGUAUGUACGGACCUGCUUCUUAUAACUUGGCAGGUGAAUUGAACGAAAAAUGAAGGUGAG